AUGUGGGCAAGCCUGGUGCGCCUGAGCGAGGCGCUAGUACGAAUCCUGACGCGGGCCUUGGCAUGGUUUCGGCGCUCUCUCAAGUGGCUGCGCGUGAUAGCUUUCACGGCCAUUGGGAUUGCAUUCGCCACCAUGACACUGCGUACCGCCUGGAAUACGAACCUGGUGUGCGUUGCCUAUGCCCUGGCCACAUAUGCGUGUGCAACCAUUGCAGGCAUCAUGGUGGCCACCGCACGCAGGUCGCCAGCCUUGAUGCGCGUGUUUGAACAUCACUAUGAACACCUAGACCUUGGACUUCUAGACGUGACGCUCCGAAUCUGGCAUCUUGUCUUGCGCUGGUUGGCUUCUUUCGUGACCCGAGCUUACAAUGGGCUGCGUCGACUUGUGCAAUGGGAUAACCUGGUGGCCAUUCUGACCCAAGCGUCGCACCUGACGUUGCGAGUUGUGCGACCCGCUUUGAGCACUAUAACUGCUAUGAUCAUGCGCAUCUGGCAUUCGCCGCUGCUGCCCCUAAUGGCCAGUAUCCUGCUUAUUUACGGCAUCUACUUGCAUCACGAAGGCAAGUUUGACGCUCCGCUUGCAACCUCCUAUCACAUGAUGGGAUUGCUUGGUGCUCGCGUCAAUGCAGCAGCCAUUUGGUGCAGCACCAGUGUGAGCACCGUAAUGUGGGUGGUCUGGGGUGGCGUACAAGCGGUGGUGGGCGCCGUCAACCGAUUCAUCCUCGACCUUAGUCAUUUGGACUUUUACGUGUCUCCCACCUUUGCCAUGUCCUUUUACGUGGUCAACGUUCUACUCGGUCGCUUUCAGCUGCAUCGCAUCCUUCCUUUCAAGACCAUUCUCGUACCGGCCCUAAUCCUGGGCUCCGGGCUCUGGCUAACGCCUCGCCACAUCUGGAUCUACUUUGUCGUCGCCAUAUUCUGGGCUGGUAUCUCUGCUGGUGUGUGGCUUGCCGAAGCGGAGCGUCGUCGGCGUGCUGGCGAGCGGCUACAGCGCAUGCAGCGCAUGCAAACGACGCGGCGCGGCGCCGAAAUUGUGGAGAUGAUUGCUUCCCAAAAACCAGAUCAGGUGUACGAAGCUGACAUGUGCAUCAUCUGCUUUGCCGAGUUUGAUGACGCGAGCUCUGAGCUUAAAGCCGUGCUGCCUUGUGGCCACCAAACCUUCCAUCGGAGCUGCUUGGCUGAGUGGCUGGAUGCCUGUGGUCAUGACAAACGCUGCCCGGUUUGCCGUGAGCCAGUCGAAACCAGCUUGCUGCACUACGCCUUUUAG